AUGCUCCCCCUGAGGCGGCGGCAGCGGCGGCGCGGGGGCCUCGGGGUCCCGGGCGCCGUCGUCCUGCUGGCCUGCGCGGCGGCCUGCGCCCUGGCGGAGUGGGCGCCCGCGGGCCGGGCGUCGGCGCUGAGCGCGUACUUCGGCACCAAGAGCCGCUACGAGGAUGUGGCGAGGCUGGGCCCCGGGCUGUCGGCGGGGCCGCCCCCCGGGCCGUGCGCGCCGCUGCAGCUCGUGGCCCUGGUGCGCCACGGCACCCGCUACCCCACGGCCAAGCAGGUGCGCCGCCUGCGGGCGCUGCAAGGGCUGCUGCUGCGCGCGGGGCCGCCCGGGCCCGGGCUGGCGGGCGCGCUGGCGCGCUGGCCCCUGGCCUACGAGGACUGGAUGGACGGGCAGCUGGUGGAGAAGGGCCACCGCGACAUGCAGCGGCUGGCCGCCCGCCUGGCCGCGCGCUUCCCGGCGCUGCUGACCCCCCGCGGCCUGGCCCGCGUGCGCUUCGUGUCCAGCUCCAAGCCGCGCUGCGUGGACAGCGCCGAGGCCUUCGCGCGGGGGCUCUGGGCGCACCUGCACCCGGGCCGCCCGGUGCCCGAGCCGGCAGAUAUGGAAUUUGGACCACCUAAUAUAGAUGAUAAACUCAUGAGGUUCUUUGAUCAUUGUGAAAAGUUCCUAGCUGAGGUGGAAAAGAAUGAUUCAGCUCUUUAUCAGGUAGAAGCCUUCAAAAAUGGACCAGAAAUGCAGAAAAUUAUUAAAAAAGUUGCAGGUAUUUUACAGGUGCCAACAAGUGAUUUAAAUGCAGAUUUAAUCCAAGUCGCUUUUUUUUCCUGCUCAUUUGACCUGGCUAUUAGAGAUAUUCAGUCCCCCUGGUGCAAUGUCUUUGACACAGAGGAUGCUAAGGUGCUGGAAUACUUGAAUGACCUGAAGCAGUAUUGGAAAAGAGGGUAUGGCUAUGCCAUCAACAGCCGGUCCAGCUGCGGCCUGCUUCAGAACAUAUUUCAGCAUUUGGACAGAGCUGUUGAGCAGAGACAAAGGUCUCAGCCCAUCUCUACUCCAGCCAUCUUCCACUUUGGACACGCAGAGACGCUGCUGCCACUGCUGUCUCUCAUGGGCUAUUUUAAGGACAAGGAGCCCCUCACUGCGUACAAUUACAGGGAGCAGAUGAGCCGUCAGUUCCGGAGCGGCCACAUCGUGCCCUACGCAUCCAAUCUCAUAUUUGUGCUUUACCACUGUGAGCACGCCGAGACGCCUGCCAGGCAGUAUCAGGUGCAGCUGCUGCUGAAUGAAGAGCCGCUGCCUUUUGUUUACUCGCCAGAAACCUUUGCUGUGUAUCAGGAGCUAAAGGACCACUAUGGUGACAUUCUGCAGGGCUGCCACUCGGACCAAGAGUGCGUCUUGCCAAAUAUCAACAUCACGUCUGAUGAGCUGUGAGUGUCAUGAUUCUAGGGGGAAGGGUUCUGUGUCGGCAUGCCAGGCGUGCUCGGCACUACCCUGGGGACAGAAAGCCCGAGUAUUUCUGACUUCACAGAGAAUCUGCUUAUGGAGCGGGGAUUUGUGUGUGUUUGGAGAAUAAUUGUGUAUCAAGGUAGUGCAAAGAAAAUGCUUUUUAAAAAUCAUCCUUUGUGGCCCGGGCCACACCUGAUGCUGAAAAUGUUUACAGAAAUGACUUAAGAUUUUAUUAGUAAUCCAGUACUGGCUUAUAAAAUUGAUUUCAAAAUGAUACUUGAAGAUACCAGAGUAAUCAAAUGGUCUCUCUAGGACCAGAUGCAAUAAAGCCUAGGAAUUCAACUCCUCUGAGUUUGUGGAUAUCCUCAUGCCACAAGCAGGGAGCAGGGAGCAGGGAGAGUUAUCCUGGCAUAAGGAGCCCUUUAAUCAAAAAAAAGUUAAUAACUGGAAUUAUAACUUUCCAUGGAAGAUAGCUAACUUCUCGAAUUGAGAGCUGCUAAAAUGUUAAACAUUUGCUUGACGUCUGACUUAAGAAGGCAUUUCGACUGACAUAAAAGGAGAAAUAAGCAUUGUUUGUUACUAGUAUCCCUCUAGCUUGCUGAUGAUUUGGAAAUGAAAUACUCUGUGGCUUCUUAGUAAGGCUUUAUGUUAAUGGGAUGCUAGUUUUCCAUUUAUAAUCAUGGAGGAAUUGGACAGUCAGAAUCAAGUCAAUCUCCUCAGUUCUUUGAUUUGCUUUCUUCUGUUCUCUGUUUUUCACUUCUUAAACAAGUAUUUAUCGUUGUUAUCAUCAUCAUAACUAACAGCAGCAAUUUAUUUGAAAUAAUGGGUUUAUCCUGCCUGGCCAAGCUUCUUUCCUUGGAAUGCUAACAAUGCUAAGUGCCACAAGUGUUUGUCUCUGUAAUGAUGAUGAUGCUUAUAAUAAUAAGGCCGAUAAUGACUUGCACACUAAGAGAAGAGUUAUCAAGUCGCCUAAUUCUGUGUGGUUUUCUGCUGCCUAGAUGCCAGUGUUCCUCUCCUUUGAUAUAUACACUGUAGGGAUGGAAGGAGGAAGACAGUGGGGAAAUCGUGAAGUAAGAGAGAGUUAGACACCACACUGUUGUAUUAUAAGAUCAGUUUUCUUUUCUUUUCUUUUCUUUUUUGGCGGGGCAAUGAGGGUUAAGUGACUUCCCCAGGGUCACACAGCUAGUAAGUGUUAAGUGUCUGAGGUCAGAUUUGAACUCGGAUCCUCCUGAAUCCAGGGCUGGUGCUUUAUCCACUACACCACCUAGCUGCCCCGAUCAGUUUUCUUAAAUGGAGUUAGAUCUUACAUAUUAAAUUUUUCAUGACAUUAGAGAUGAACUCUUUUCAAGUGAGAAACAGUUUUUGUGUGAACAUUUUGUUAACAUUGGAUUGGGUACAGAAAGCCAUGAUUAAUUUAAACCAUCAGUUAAUUAAAAUCUUUCGUUUUUAUGAGAGAGCGAACAAAUCAAAAGAAAUCCCUAUCACAGAUACGUGCGUAUACACAUAAACAUGCACUUAACUCGGGCAGAUCACCUGACUUCUCAGUUCUCUGAGCAGUUGUCAGUCAGGUCUCCAUGAAGCCAGAUCCUGCCAGGCCAGAUAUGCCAAGAGAAAGUACAACUGUCCCUCCUUAGAAUGGACAUACAUUCUCCUGGGGGAACAUGCUAAAAGAGAAUUGUGGCUUGGCCUUCGCGGAGGGUAUUUCCACGCUGCAUCUUCCCUACUCUAAUGAAAUAAAAAAUCCAGAUCAUGUGUGUACAUGUGCAUUUGUGUACACACGUGUGUCACCCACUGAAGAGCCACUUCAGGCUAAUUCAAUAUACAUUUGAUAGUGACUCUGUGCCUCGCAUACCAAGUUUUCCUUUCCAAGCAUUAGCUCAGUUUACCUAUGGGAAAAUACUCAUAGAGUUGCAUGUGGAACAUAGCCAGUUUGUAAAUUGAGAUCGGGUGUGUAUCUGUGUGUGUAAAAUCUCUACACCCCCUCCUCACCCCUGUCCUGGGUCAGGGCACUGCCAUCUCGUUCAGGGACGAGGAUGCUCAGGAUUUGGGGGAAAGGAGCAGCCUCAGGCGUCACCAGGAAAUCCUGUUAUGUUGAAGUACAUUUUACUCAGUAAAGCAGGAUUGUUUUCAGUAGCAAGGGCCAAAGCAAAAAUGUUUUUUCAUUAUCCUCAGUUAACUAAACAUUCUAUUCCCAGAGUAUUCUGUUCAAAGGGAAUGUUAUUGGAUACUGACUUGGGGAACAGGUGCACCUGCUCCUGCACUGACUUUUACGUGCUCGUGGUGAGCAGCACCUCCUAAAACAUGUCCUGAUGAGAGGUGGGUUUUUAUUUACUUGGGUGCUAACUGCUUUUAAAAAAAUUAGUUUCAGAAGAAAGUAAUGUAUUUUGCAAAGUAAAUAAAUUAUAGGAUGAUUUAGUUGAGCAUCUCAGUGGUAUAGAAAGCACCGAACCUCAAGUCUACCCUCGGCCUGGGUGCUGGCUCUCACCCUAACUUGUGUGACCCUGUGCAGGUCACAACCCUUCUCUGAGCUUCAGUGUGCUCAGAUGUCAGAGGGGCAUUCUACCACCUACCUCCUUGCACGCUUGUUAUGGGAGAAGCACCGUGCAGCCUUUAAAGCUUGAGAGAAAAGGGAAUGGCGGUGGUCGUGAUUGUCGAUAAGCUUCCAGGUGGGCAGGGGUUGGCACAGCUUAGAAAUGGUAGAUGAAAUAGGACUUAAGGAUGACAUUUUCAAGCAUGACCUGAAAGUUUUCUGACGAUGACGAUUAUCCAGAUUAUUCAUGAAAACAAUCCGCUCUGUCUGAUGUGCCUGUUUUGUAAUUAGGAGGGAUGAUUAAAAAUCCAGGUGAAUUUUGUACUCGACAGUAAGUUUAAUCAAAUUGAAAAAUGAUGAAAGGCGAUAUGAAUAUAAUUUUGUUUUAAAAUACAUAUGGACUACUUUGGAUCCAACUGGAUUUUAUUUAAUGGAACUUUUCCAGAAGAUCUGGCUUUUUCUAAAAUCCUUGGAUCAAGUAUGAAGUUAGGGCUUUACAAUGAUCCUGACUAGAUGGAAUGACUUGGGAGGGUUUGACUGGAUCAGUUCCUUUAAAGUGGACUUAGAAAUGCUUACUUUAGAAAAUAGGUUAAAAAAUGUAAACUUUUUGGAUGAGUUGUUUGGCCUUAGGGUCCGGUAGGACAGCAUAGUUAGCAUGCUUGCAUUCCUUAGCACUUGAGAUACUUUUGGGGAGAAUGGUGAGAUAGUCAUUGUUAGUGUAGCUAUUCUUAUUCUAGGAAACUUGGGAGCUUCUUGGCUGUGGUGCUAUUUCUCCUUCCUGUGUUGCAAAUGACUGAAACAAAAUCAUUUUGUGAUGAAAGUUAGUGGUGAUAAAAAAAGAGUGAUCUCUGGGGUUGGCAGAAGGCAUGCUAUUGCCUCGCUGCAUCAAAGUGACCCAAGAAGAACUGUGCAAACUCACCAUUGUGCUUUUGGAAAUGACAUUGGGACUAUUAAUGCCUUGUGGUCAUUUAUCCUCAUCUCUGUCUAAUGCAAGCCUCAGAAGUGAGCUGGAGUCCGUUAUAGUGAAUACAGUGUACUGUUUACCUAAAAUGCAAAGCUUGGGGAUUUUUCCACGUGUUUUAUACUUUGAAUUUGUUGUGCAGAUAACAAUCGUUUGAUGUUUACUUUGUGUUUAAGCUUUAAGUUUAGCCUUCAAAAUAAAAUGGAAGGAUGUAUUUUAGAGCAACUUAGUAUUUGGGACUUUGCCCAGAUCCAAAUCACCUUACAGAUCUGGAAGGUUUCAGAGCACUUGCCGGAAUUUAUAUGUCAUUUGUAGUGAUUGGAAUUUAUAGCUUUUUAUAAAAUGUAAGCUUGAAAAUAAAUGUUUCAUGUUUGACUGUG